AUGUCUGUCACUUCCCCAGAUAAGGUUGUGGACGACGUUUUGGACCGUCUCUGUGUUGAGGAGACGGGAUUGAGCGUUUCUGAGGUCUGGGAGGAGGUCAAGGGCAAGUUUCCGCGGUUUGGGGCGUUUGAGAAGACCCUUGUCUGGAGCUGGCUCGUGCAGGAGAGCGAUCUCCUGGUGUACUAUAUUAUUUCCACCACAAAGGAAAAGAGCGGCAAAACCACCUACAAGACAGAAACUGUUGACAAGAACACGAGUCUGGUGGACCUUGUGGACAAGUACGGCGAGGACAAACUUCGGAUUGGCGUUACUGAUGACAGACAGUCUUUGUUUUUGCUCGGGGUCAAGAAGGAAAAUAACAACCUGGGAUAUUUUCCGUACGAAUUACUGCGAUAUAUUACAAAAGCCAAAGAAGCUGGGAUCACGUCCAUGGAACUGAUCAGGCAGUCUGGCCAGGACCGGCGCAGUCUGACGUCCCGACUGCAGACUCUGGAGGACCUGGGUGUGGUGAAGAAGUUUCCGGCAGUCAUCGACUCUGCCAAUUCGUACGUCAUUGUGAGCACCAAGUACGAAAAGCAGUUUUCGUUUGCAAAUGUGCGGACCAGUUUUGAGCUCAUGGGCGUUGUGAUGAAGACUCUGCAGGACGCCCCGAACGGUGUUCGUGUUCCGUCGGACCUGGCACGCGAGCUGCGGCUGACCUCGAAGAAAGAACGCAGAAUGCUGGCCAAGGCGAUCCGCAACCUGGUGGUUCUGGGCUACGCGUGUAAGAUCAACGUCGAGCACGAGUCGUCGGGACGCAAGUUCGUGGGACUGCAGUUUCUCAAAGAGCUUCCAAAAACACAGGCUGCCCGUCAGGAACUGAAAUCGGAGCUCGCGUCGCUGGGCCAGGACCGCGAGGACGACCAGGACGAGCUUUUCGGCGCGGUUUUCGAAAGCAGCACAGACGACCCGCCAACAUACAAUCCGUUCUUACCUCUGCAGAACCAGAUUUUCGACACCGUUAAAAACAGUCCGGGUAUAUCCACUAAGAAACUCAACACAUGUAUCACCGGAAACCUGUCUGUCAAGUCUUUCAGCAACUACAUUGGCUCAUACGUUUUUGACAACCCUGUUCCUGAACCCAAUGCCGUGAUACGCUAUUUGCAUCACGAGGGGAAGGCCCGUUACUAUUGUCACAUGAUCCAGUCUGAUUUCCUCAAAAGACAGGGCAAGCAAGUUGAGGAGCCGCCGCUGGAAUUCGCGAAAACACAGGAGAACUCGCAGACCGUAGCAGAGAUAAGCGCCAGCCACUACCUGGACCCAUUUCCGAAACGUGUGUCGCUUGUUUUCUUCCCAAACAAAUCGUUCAAGUUUUGCUGGUUUGGCUACUCGGGGCCUGUUUUGAAGGGUCUUGUUUCCAAACAGGGCAAGAUAAAACAGCUGUUUAUUGACGACACGUUCAAGAUUGCUGUGUCGAAGAAAAUACAACGAGUUGGCCAGCCAAAAAUAAUCAAAGGAGGAUAUUUUGACGAGCACAAGGGACAUAUCGAGAGUCCUGCAAAGUUCGUGCCAAAGGUGGAGGAGCACAUUUCCCAGCCUUUUCUGGAGACUGGUAUUGAUUUCGGCCCUAGCAGACGUCGUUCUGUGUUGCUCCAGAUAGUUGACGAUAGCAAAUGCGUUGCUCUUAAUAUGGACCUCACGAAAAAAGUUUCUGAUGCUCUGAACGUGAACUAUCUCGUUGACCGCCGGACUGUCAAGAAAGAUGCGGCAGUGCUGCAAAGACAGAAGAAGAUCACGGUGAAAGAGGUGCCGAGCUCGAUUCGCUCGUUCACGCACACUGUCCUGUGUUCCGUGACAAACAGGCCGUCGCAGGACCACAUCGACGCCAUUGCCCAUUCUGCCAGCUCCAAAUCUGGGUCUGCCAAUCCUCGGCUGAGCUUGGCUCCUACGCGGCCCGUUUUCAAGGCCAACGAUUCGCACUUUUUCGAGAUGCCGUCCCAGCUCUUAUCCCAGCUUCGCAAGUCCGGCCAGAAAAAAGGUCUCGACACCGCAAAAAGAGUGGAGGCGCGUCUUCGCGCGGCAGAAACGCCAGCCGAGUCCAAGAAGAAACGGCGGCCAACUCCCAAUGACGAGGACCUGCUUGCUCCGCUGAUGGAAUCGAGAAAGAGGAAAAAGGUCUCCACACGUCAGAAGACACAGUCGGCCUCGACGGCGCCAACUAAACGUGCCCGGAACAACACCCGUCUGAGCGGCAAGGACGUGAUGCUGCUUAUCCGAGCAAUCAUUAUCUCGCAAUCGCUGUCGCCAUCCAACACCAUUGAUUGGGCCAAGGUCUCUGCUCUCUUCCAGGACAAGUAUACUUCUGAGGUUUUGAGACGACAAUGGCCACGGCAUAAACGUGUGAUUGGACUCAGGGCGCUACAGCUGUCCAGGAAGACGUGGGAGAGAAUUUUGAUGUCAGCCAUCACGAAUGGCGAUGUUGGCGAGGAGGAGCUGUUGGACUACGAUUUGAACGACAUGAUUUCUCUCUGGAGGUCUGUGGACUCGGAUUCGUUUGAAAAUACUCACGAUGUGGUUCUUUACCGCAAUUACGCGGAAAACUUCAAGGAGCAGCGGUGGCGGCCCGAUAUUGAUCUACGUGGACUGGAUGUCUUCAAAGAAGGCACUUCCAUCAUAGAGCGCGAGGAGCAGUGUGCGCGGGCCAUGUUUGCGUAUCCGCUAGUUUCCGAGGAGCCGAAUGGGGAGCCGACGGGUGUUCAGGAAGCCAAGACCAAGCUCAAGGCCCUGUUUGCGACCGGACCAGACAAGUUUUCGUCUGCAGAGGCCAAAAAGGUGUUUUCGUCUACCGAGAAGGAUGUGUAUGCAAAGGCGCUGGCAGAGCUGGAGGACGACAAGGUAAUUGCUUAUUUGGGCGAGGACUCGCCGAUCAAGUUCACGUUGACCGAGAAGAUUAUGUUUUUGAUCGACUGGAAGUUCACACGGGCCUUUUUCGACCAGUGUGCAGGGUUUGUGGAAAUGAUGGAAACAGCCACUUUGAACAACAAGGGCGUCAUCUUGUCUCCGUUGUCUCCAGAUAGCUGUUUUGCUCCGUUGAUAAACAUGAUGGCCCAGGCAGAAAUCAAGGUUACGAGAAUCGACCAGAGCCCGCCAAUGCUGAUCGACAACUACUCCACCAAGAGCCAGGACAAGACGAAGCUCGAGAGCGACUUUAUCUUGCACGACAUGCACACGGCGAUCGAUCUGAAGGCGGUGGCUCCGCCAAGCGGGGCGCCGUGCUCGCGGCUCUGGAUCGACCUCAACGGGGACCUCAACGUGGAGAUCUGGUACAAGACGGUGUGCUCGCUUUUGCGAUGCAUAGUUUUCCGGCCCGGGGUGACGUUCCGUCUGCUGUGUCUGCGGUUUAGUCCUCUUUAUGAGCCGUUUGAGCUCAAGCUCGUUUUGGACUGGAUGGUUGCAAAAAAGGCGGUGGUCCAGCGGAACGACAGCUAUUGGGCAGGAUCCUACUGGUAUCUGACGUUUGAUCGAUAA